AUGGAAUUGGAGAAUGUCAAGAGACUGGAAAAAGCUUUAGUAGUGAAGAUAUUUGGGGAUGAUAUUCCUUUUCAUAUGGUUAGCUUGGAUCUAAGAAGACAAUGUAAUGGUUUUGGGAAAUUCCAUAUAACUGUAUUGGGACUUGGAUGGAUGCUAUGCUCAUUUGAAGAUUCAAUUGUUGUGGAAAACAUCCUUUCUGGCGGGCCUUGGUGGGUAAGAGGACAAGUAGUAGGUCUGGAAAAAUGGUCCACUUCAUUCAAUCCUAAUUCUCUCAAAGGAAUUUCUGCUCCCGUGUGGAUCCGGCUUCCCAAUUUACCUCUUCAAUGCUGGGACGAGGUAAACAUUUGCAUGAUAGCUUCGAUGGUGGGCAAACCAUUCCUACUUGAUGGAAAUAUUUUCCAAUGGAGUAGAAGGGAAUUUGCACGGAUUUGUGUUCGUAUUCCCUUAGAUAUUAAACUCCCAAAAGGCAUUUGGGUGGAAGGAAUUUCUGGGAAGUUUUUUCAGGCGGUAGAGUAUGAAGGUUUCUCAAAAAUUUGUGAGGAAUGCAAUAGAAUUGGUCAUGUGGCGAACAAUUGCUCAGAAGUUAAAAAAGAUACUGUCUCAAUGAAUGCUUAUGCAUCGGAAGCAUUCAAAACAGGAAAACAAAUGGCAAAAGCUAAAUCUGUUGUUAAUACAGAGAAAGCAAAGGAGGACUCAUGGAUCCAAGUGAAACAUGGUAAUAGAAGAUUCAAAAGAAUGGGUGAAAAGAGUCACUUCUUUAAUAGGAUAUCUACUUCUAUGAAAAAAAUUUAUAUUCCAAAAACUUCUGUUGAUAAUUCAAAAACAAAUGGCAUGCCAAAAGGAGCUUCUUUGAAAGAUGUACAGCAAGUUUCAGAAACUAUUGCAGUUCCGGGAGCAAUGACUGAAGGAGAGAAUAGAGCAUAUCUACUCAGUAAAAUUCCAGAUAUUCAACAAUCUGAGGUAAACCGGCAUGUGUCCCCUCUCAGAACUAUCAAUAAAUUUGAUUUACUUGCAAAUAUAGAUGGUUCGAUCCUAAAUGAAGAUAUGGAAAAAAUUGAUAAUGCCUGUAUAGAAGAAGGUGAGAUUGUUGAACAAACAUCUCAGAAAUUAUCAAAUGUAGAAGCAGUAUUUGAUAAAAAAAAAUUUCUUUAA